AAACCAUCCACAAGUCACAAAAAACAAUUAUUUUCGUUUUCCAACUUAUUCUUAACCUAAAGCAGAUAGCCAUACAGAUGGCUGCAAAUGUGCAAACAUCUUCUCUACUCUUCCUGGUUUUCCUUUUACUACAAAACUUUUACUCCGCAAAUUCACAAUCAUUUUUGGGAGUAAAUUAUGGGCAAUUAAGCGACAACCUCCCUUCGCUUCAGGCGACGGUGAACCUUUUGAAGUCCACAACCAUCCAAAAGGUUAGGCUCUUCGGUGCUGAGCCAGCAGUCAUUAAAGCGUUUGCAAACACCGGCGUUGAAAUUGUGAUAGGAUUCGACAAUGGCGAUAUUCCAACGUUAGCUUCCAACCCAAAUGUAGCAAGUCAGUUUGUGAAAUCCAAUGUGAUGUCUUUCUAUCCGGCGAGCAAUAUUAUAGCCAUCACCGUUGGUAAUGAGGUAUUGACAUCAGGAGAUCAAAAGCUCAUCUCUCAACUCUUGCCAGCAAUGCAAAAUGUCCAAAAUGCCCUGAAUGCCGCUUCAUUGGGUGGGAAAGUUAAGGUCUCGACGGUACAUGCAAUGGCUGUGUUAAGUCAGUCAUAUCCUCCCUCAUCAGGAGUUUUCAACCCUGGAUUAGGUGACACAAUGAAGGCAUUGCUUCAAUUCCAGAGUGCAAAUGAUGCACCUUUUAUGAUCAGUCCAUACCCUUACUUCGCAUACAAAAACCAGCCAACGCCCGAUACAUUGGCAUUCUGCCUUUUCCAACCUAAUGCUGGGCAAGUCGACUCUGGAAAUGGUCACAAGUACACGAAUAUGUUCGAUGCACAGGUUGAUGCUGUGCACUCUGCCUUAAAUGCAAUGGGAUUCAAGGAUAUUGAGAUCGUAGUUGCUGAGACUGGGUGGCCUCACGGAGGAGACUCCAAUGAAGUUGGCCCAAGCUUGGACAAUGCAAAAGCCUAUGUUGGAAACUUGAUAAACCACCUCAAAUCAAAAGUUGGCACCCCACUUAUGCCUGGAAAAUCAAUUGACACCUACCUCUUUUCACUUUAUGACGAGGAUAAGAAAACCGGGGCAAGCUCAGAGAAAUAUUUUGGACUUUUCAAGCCAGAUGGUUCGACGACUUAUGAUGUCGGUCUCCUAAAGAACACACAGAAUCCAACAACUCCAGCAACACCAACCCCAACACCAAAAGCAGCAGGAUCUUGGUGUGUACCCAAACCUGGAGUCUCUGAUGAUCAGUUGACGGGAAAUAUUAACUAUGCCUGUAGCCAGGGGAUUGAUUGCGGGCCAAUUCAGCCAGGAGGUGCCUGUUUUGAACCAAACACUGUCAAAGCACACGCUGCUUAUGUGAUGAAUCUUUACUAUCAACAUGCGGGAAGGAAUUCAUGGAACUGUGACUUCUCGCAGACAGCCACUCUCACUAAUACUAAUCCUAGUUACGGAGCUUGCAAUUUUCCCAGUGGCAGUAACUGAAAGGAUGAGGAAAUUUUUGAUUGCUAAAUAAUUAGUAGAGAUGUAGUAGUUUCCGAAGUGGUUCUGAAACAUAAGGCCCAAUAUUAGUUUUUAUGUAAGCUAAUAAUGAAUUUUCAAUUGUAUUCAUGACACUUUAUUGAAUAAAGGAUAUUUUUUGUAUUUU